AGUUGGUUGUUGCAGCAUCAGGCGAGCAAAGUGCACGUGCUCUAAAUCGGACUCAACCGCAUAAUCUUUCGGGGUUGUCUUCCACUGACCUGGCUCGCUAUCUUCACGCCAUGCUGACCACUGCUCAGUACCACAGCCCACUGGCUCUGCGACAGGUCAGACCAGUGACUGAUCCAGCUGAUCUCAACUUCUUCAUCCCGAACAAUCAGACCUGGGCAAUUGUACUACGAACCGGAGAGGCAAUUGCUUUGUAUGUAUGUCUGUGCGUGUUGGCUACAAUCAUAAUCAUUCUUGUGAUAUUCCUGGUUCUGCAAAGAGAAUCAAGACGACCGUUGGCGAAGAAAGUGAGAACUAGUGGAAUUUGGUGUCCUCCACUGGGACCGGGCUUGAAACCACCACAAUCUGCGCUUGUUCUGCAUACCUACACUGCUGAUGCGCUCGCAAAAGGAAAGCAUCGACUUCCACAGUCGAUUGACGCCUAUGCCAAACAGGAGAAUGUAGCGACUACAAUGAAAUGUGCAAAGCCGGUAGACCAAACGAUUCGAUUCCCAGACCCGAUUGAAUCUCUUACUGCUGAAGCCUCAACUUAUGGCCGGGCAUCAAGUGCCGUUCGAACAAACGUGCAGUCAACCAGUUCGCAGAAGCGUGCUCUGGACAACGAAUUUACUGGUUCUUGGAUCAGAGACGAAGCUUUGUCCCGCAGGAAAUUUGCUCGACUGGAAGCCGAGUGCGAUACCAGCUCAAGCGAAAAGCAACCGUUGGUCAGUGGUGCACAUGAACAGGAAUCAACUAGAUUACAACCAUCGGUGAAACGACCCCUGUCGGGAAACGGUCUCCAGGAAGUCAAUAAUGAAAGCGACCUUUUACGCCGUUCAGCAUUCAAACAACAGCCAAGCUGUUUGUACUCACAACGGAAAACAAAUAACAAGGUGCACAGAUACCUCAGAAAUUUAAUACAGUCUCAGGACGGUCUCCAUCCAAUCUCACCACACGCAGUGGCAUGUCUUGACUGCGUAUCUUGUACACAAAAUCUACAAGAAGAGUUAGAUACAAAGCAGUAUGUUUGUCUCAAACAGCAACUUGACGAAUGCCCGUUUAGGAGUAUCGGUCACCACCCAAUGACUCUUUUACAUGAACGUACAAGCAAUUAUGUUUUAGACCCCAUAACUGGAGAAACAAUGUUACACAUGGCUGCUCGGUUCAAUGGUGGUCCUGAUCUUGCACUUGCACUUCCUCGCCUGAAUGGUGUAAUUGGAUCAGCAGAAGAGUCUGCCUAUAUUCUACAAGCCGAUUCUCAGGGUAGAACUGCGUUGGUAAGCGCCGCAGCUUCAGAUGCGUUGGACUCAACCAGUGCGUUAUAUCAGUUGGAACGUGAGGCGACGAUUGCAUCACUACCACAACUACCAAAAAGAAACACAGAAACGGUCGUUCCCGCCUCUUGUUCGCAUACAAUUAAUAGUGCAACAGCUUCGUUAACAAGACCAAAGAGACAGAAAGCAGUGGAUGUCCGGCAGUGUACUCCAUUGAUCGCUGCUGUUCAGGCUGGGAACGAAGAAUUAGCACGUUACUUGAUCGACGAAGGCUAUCCAUUGAGCGGCAUGGAUGAAAUGGGCAGGAACGUGAUUCAUUGGGCUGCCGCGACCAAUUCUCUUCGGACUCUGGAACGCUUAGCGACAUGCAAAGGAUUUCAUCGUCUUGCUGGUGCUCGUGAUGAUGAAGACCGAACGCCACUUAUGUUAGCUACCCGAGAAGGAUGUACAGAUGCCGUGCGAUUCCUUUUGCAGCAGAAAGUCAACGUACUACACGCUGAUUGCUUAGACAAUGAUCCUUUAAAGAUUGCUAGAGACAAAGGUUUCACAGACAUCGAACAGAUGUUAUUGCCACGUUGUUUUCAAGUGGUCCGGUCUAAGACACAUCAAAAGCUCCAAGGAGCCUUAAAUCACAGGCAAAAUACUGGGGUUACUUUAAAUCCAGUCGAGGACAGCGAAGAGGGAAGUGAAUCGUUUAUCUCCGACGAAAGUAUCAGAAGAGAUGCAUCAUAGUUCCAGGAUGUGAUGGUCAAUAUACAGAAAGGAACAGAUAACAUAAAGUUGCCCAUACUACCUGAUUGAUCUCAGCGAUCCAGGGGCUCUUAGUUGGCUGAUCUGCGGUGACUGAUCCAUCGUUGUUUUGGCGGUGACGGAAAGGGAAUUUUCCAUUUUGUAAGCCAUAUGCUCCAGCCCUGUUAUCCUUGAAUAUGCCCCUAUUUGUUCAUGUGGGUGAUAAAUAGAAGGCAAAAUAGAAGAAGAAUUGGUGACCUUGCACCAGAUAUGG